UCACCAUGGGUUCCUGCCUCUGCACAAGCCACAAAGAGCUCCAGGGUGGCCAGCUGUAUCCCAUGGGAGAGCUGCAGUCCUGUUCGGAAGGCCAGCCCAUUAACAAGGGUAUUCAUCAGCCGUACAAUGGAGGCUUUGCUGACAAGAAGAACGGCAGUGGUUAUAACAUCGGAGAGCUGGCCACGUCUUCUCUUCAGGGCCUGGUGGCCACCAUCAAGGAGCACAUCACCAAGCCCACGGCGAUGGCCCAGGGCCGCGUGGCGCACCUGAUCGAGUGGAAGGGCUGGGGGGGUGACCGAGGCGGCGGGGACAGCUGGUGCGGCUGGAACCAGCCUGGAGGGGUGGGGGCCGCCCUUCACGAGGACCAGCAGCUCUACUCUCACCUCACGGAUGAGAUCAAGGAAGCUCGCUUUGCCGCAGGGGUGGCUGAACAGUUUGCGCUGGCCGAGGCUGCCAUGAACGUCUGGUCUCCCCACGUCAUCUCAGAUCAGCCGUCGACGGCCGAGACCGUCGCGCUGCAUGGUGCGGAGGGACUGUAUCUGUCCCAGUUCCUGCUUGAUGGUGGCAGUGUGGGGGUACCCCAGCACCUCUACAGUGUGCAUGUGGAGCCCAGUCCAGAUGCCCAGUCCCUGAUGCUCCAGCUCCCCAACCCUCGUACCCAGUCCUCCUCUCCUGGCUCCCCUCGCCAACAGGAGACUCAGCCCCCCUCCCGAGGUUCCCGAGACCUGAGGACCCCGCAGACAGACGACGCCGUACACGCAGACAGCGCCUCCCUGUCCGAGGAUGAGGUUUUCUACAACUAGGAACCGGACCUGGAAACGAGAGAAAGCUUGUCACUGCGCAGUUGCAGUACGUCCGGUUGAGAGGACCAAAGACUUUUUUGGACCGAGGUGGUUGACAGGAGUAGGGGAUGGUGUGUUUCCUCAUUGAUCUCUGAGGUGGCUUACAUGGCUUUGAGGCUAUAUACACCAUCAGGUCAGUGUGUCCAGUGACCAAGAAUGGGUGACGAAAUGCGAAAGGCAUUCAUUUUGUCCGUGUGUGCCAAACCGCUUUCUGAAUAACGUCCUUGGCAAUGUUUUUUGUACAUCGCUGUUCUAACUUCUGUUAAAUCCAUAUUCACGAUGGGACUCUGAAUGUCUUUUUUUACUGAUUCUAUGACAGGAUGGAAAAUACUGGUAAAAACAUAUC